AUGAAGGCAAGCGAGAAGACAACGGACUCCUUCCAGGAACAUGUCUCUGGACAAUCCAACAAGCCUCUCUCUCGACCACCUCAUUCUUUGGAGGCUAUUCAGGUCCUCAAGGAACUUCAUGUCGACCAAGGUCAAGGUCUGGACCUCGAAGAUGCCGUCCAUCGGCUGGCGGAACUGGGGCGCAAUGAGCUUCGUCAACAAAAGGGCGUCCAGCCUUUGAAAAUCUUUCUCGAGCAGAUCUUCAAUGCCAUGACUUUGGUCCUCCUACUAGCACUCGGUGCAAGUUUCGGCAUCCAAGCCUGGAUCGAAGGUGGCAUCCUAGGCGGCAUCAUCGUCCUCAACAUCUUCAUCGGCUUCUUCCAGACCCUCCAAGCCGAAAAGACAAUCAACUCGCUAAAGAACCUCGGCAAACCGACUUGCAAAGUCGUGCGCGACGGCAAGACGAUCGAGAUACAGACCACAGAUGUAGUACCGGGAGAUAUCAUAGACUUGAACACGGGCGAUUCGGUACCAGCGGAUAUCAGACUCAUUGAGGCUGUCAACCUGGAAGCGGACGAGGCGUUGCUCACUGGAGAGAGCGCGCCCGUUUCCAAGAUGCCCAGCUCAGCUUUUGAUGAAGAUACGGGCCCUGGGGAUCGCCUUAAUGUGGUGUAUAGCUCCACGGUCAUCACCAAGGGUCGCGGGCGCGGCGUCGUGUUUGCUACCGGCAUGUUUACCGAGAUUGGUCUGAUUGCUGGUGCGUUGAACGGCGGCACGGGGGACAAGGCCCUAUCGCGGGUGAAGCGCAACGAGGAUGGGAGCGCCUCGGUCUUUGCGUACUUUGCCGCCGGGUACAUGGCUAUCAAAUCGUGGAUCGGUGAGUUCCUGGGACUAACGAUCGGCACACCGUUGCAAAGAAAGCUGUCUCAGCUAUUUCUGUGGUUGUUCUUGCUUGCCAUCAUCUGCGCAAUCAUUGUUCUCGGUGUCAACAAGUUUGAUUCUCGAAAGGAUGUCAUCAUCUACGCGGUUACUACUGCGAUUGGGACGAUCCCUGUCUCGCUUUUGCUGGUUCUGACGGUGACUAUGGCUGCGGGCACGAAGAAGAUGCUUGAGCGUCACGUUAUUGUCCGGAAUCUUUCGAGUUUGGAAGCGCUUGGGGGAGUUACUAAUAUCUGUUCCGACAAGACGGGCACGAUCACCCAAGGGCGCAUGGUUGUCCGCAAGGCAUGGCUUCCGGGAUGCGGCACGUACUCUGUCCACGCCACGAACGACGUAUAUAACCCUUUUGCCGGUGAAGUCCAGUUGGCGGUUGGUCAACCAAAGGACAUCAUCUUCGAGUCAGAGAAGCAGAACGACCAGAAGACUGAGUCGAUCGAUACGCGCCAUGAGCCUGUAAAGAAGCCUGCUCUGCAAUGGUUCUUGAAUGUUGCGUCGUUAGCAAAUCUGGCAACGCUGAAGCAAACCACUGAUAGUCUCAGUGGAUCUGAGGAGUGGACGGCUAGUGGAGCACCCACUGAGAUUGCUAUUGAGGUGUUCGCGUCUCGCUUUGGCUGGAACAGGCCGCAGCUGUCCCAAGGCCCAGGAGCUUCUUGGAAAGAGAUCGCAGAGUUCCCCUUUGACUCAGACGUCAAGAAGAUGUCCGUCAUCUUCAAGAACUUGGCAUCGGAAGAGAUGCAUAUUUUCACAAAGGGUGCCGUCGAGCGUGUCUUGACCUCUUGCAACACCAUCGCGUACGGCUCCGAUACCCGCACCCUGACCGACAGUGACAGGAAAGACAUCAUAUCGAACAUGGAGGUUCUAGCCAGUCAAGGACUGCGUGUCCUCGCGCUCGCACACCGAACUCUCAGCAGCAACAUCUCAGAAGCCCAAUUCGUGAACGGCAAAGCCCCGAAUCGCAACACAUUCGAGCUCGAUCUCACCUUCCGUGGCCUCAUCGGCAUCUACGACCCACCCCGUCCCGAGUCCCGGCCCAGCGUCGAGAUGUGCCAAGGCGCCGGCAUCGUCGUCCACAUGCUCACCGGAGACCACCCCCAGACUGCUCGAGCCAUCGCCACAGAGGUCGGCAUCCUACCGCCGCCUGAAAAGCUUCGGCUACUCGCUGCCGAUGUCGCUGAGGCGAUGGUCAUGCCCGCGCACGACUUUGACGCCCUGACCGACUCCCAGAUUGACGAACUGCCGGAGUUGCCACUGGUGGUGGCGCGAUGCGCGCCGAGUACGAAGGUCCGGAUGAUUGAAGCCCUCCACCGUCGCGGCCGGUACGUCGCCAUGACCGGGGACGGAGUCAACGACAGCCCGAGUCUGAAGCGGGCCGAUAUUGGUAUCGCUAUGGGCUCUGGGUCGGACGUGGCCAAGGAGUCUUCCGACAUCGUGUUGACGGAUGAUAACUUUGCCUCCAUCUUGAACGCCAUUGAGGAAGGACGCCGGAUCUUUGAUAAUAUCCAAAAGUUCAUCCUCCACGUUUUGGCGGCGAACAUUGGCUUCGUGAUUGCGCUGCUUACAGGGUUGGCGUUCAAGGACGAGACGGAUACGUCGGUCUUUUUGUUGUCGCCUGUGGAGAUUCUGUGGAUGUUGCUGGGGACGGGUGCUUUCUGCGAGACCGGGCUUGGGUUCGAGAAGGCGGUCCCAGAUAUUCUGAAUCGUCCGCCACAGAAUCUCAAAUACGGCGUCUUCACGCAUGAGUUCCUCCUCGACAUGGUAGUCUACGGUUUCCUGAUGGCAGGCUGCGUCCUUGGAGCCUUUACCCUCGUCAUAUUCGGCUUCAACGGCGGCAACCUCGGCAUCGACUGCAACAACGCUUACUCUUCCGUCUGCGAGCCCGUCUUCCGCGCUCGUGCCACGAGUUAUACCACCAUGACCUGGAUCUUUCUUCUCUUCGCCUGGGAGCUUAUCGAUUCGCGACGGUCCCUCUUUUACAUGCCAGCGGGCUUCAAGGCUUGGGGCCAGCAUCUUUGGGGUAAUAAGUUUCUUUUCUUGUCUGUGACGGUUGUGUUCUUCAUGGUGUUUCCGACGCUAUAUAUACCCGUGUUGGAUCAUGUGGUGUUUAUGCACCAUGGCAUCAGUUGGGAGUGGGCAAUUGUCUUUGUCGAUGUUUUCAUCUUCAUGGUUGGUGCUGAGGCGUAUAAGUGGGCGAAGAGAGUGUAUGCGAGGAGGAUGUCAGUCAAGGGUGAUGGUGUGUUGAUGGAUUCGGACGCAGCUCAAACGUAG